GCAUCUAAAUUCCCAGAGGAACUGCUGAGAUGUUCCAAGAAGCCUUUUUUUCCACUCUCCUUUGUGUGGCUCUAGUUCCUCUCCAUGCUCAGUUUGAUGGUGAUCCUGGAGAUGUCAGUCCUACCUCCUGUGCAGAAAAGAGGAACUGCCCCAUCAAUGUGUACUUCAUCAUUGACACCUCAGAGAGUGUUGCUCUGCAGACUGUACCUAUCCAGAGCCUCGUGGAUCAAAUAAAGCAGUUCAUCCCUGAGUUCAUCAAUAAACUGGAGAAUGAACUCUACCAGAACCAAGUCUACAUCACUUGGCAGUUUGGUGGACUUCAUUACUCGGACGUAGUGGAAAUUUACAGCCCUUUAACAAGCAGCAAAGACAUAUACCUCCCCAGGCUGUCCGCUAUUAACUACCUUGGCCGAGGCACCUUCACAGACUGCGCUAUCUCCAAUAUGACAGAGCAGAUUCAGACCCAGAUGGCCUCAGGUGUGAACUUUGCAGUAGUCAUCACUGAUGGCCAUGUCACUGGCAGCCCCUGUGGGGGGAUGAAGAUGCAGGCUGAAAGGGCGCGAGACAUGGGGAUCAAGCUCUUUGCAGUGGCCCCCAGCAAGAACCUCUACGAGCAGGGACUGCGGGAGAUCGCCAACCUGCCCCAUGAGCUGUACCGCAACAACUAUGCCAUCACGCAGAAAGACACCCUGAACAUCGAUGUGAACACCAUUGAGAGGAUAAUCCAAGUUAUGAAACACGAAGCCUAUGGAGAGUGCUACAAGAUGAGCUGCCUGGAGAUUGCAGGUCCACCUGGUCCCAAGGGAUACCGAGGGCAGAAGGGUGCAAAGGGGAACAUGGGUGAGCCAGGCUCCCCUGGGCUGAAGGGACGACAGGGUGACCCAGGUAUUGAAGGUCCAAUUGGAUACCCUGGUCCCAAGGGUGUCCCAGGGCUGAAAGGAGAGAAGGGAGAGAUUGGAUCCGAUGGACGGAGGGGUGCUGCUGGUUUGGCAGGCAGGAACGGCACUGAUGGACAGAAGGGCAAGCUGGGGAGAAUUGGACCACCAGGCUGCAAGGGAGACCCUGGUGACAAGGGCCCUGAUGGUUACCCAGGAGAUGCAGGAGACCAAGGUGAAAGAGGAGAUGAAGGCAUAAAGGGAGAUCCUGGCCGGCCUGGUCGCAGCGGACCCCCAGGACCUCCAGGAGAAAAAGGAAGCCCGGGACUUCCAGGCAACCCUGGAGCUCAAGGGCCUGCUGGAAGUAAGGGAAGAAAAGGUGAAACAGGACCUCCUGGACCCAAAGGAGAGCCCGGUCGACGUGGAGAUCCAGGGACUAAAGGCAGCAAAGGCACUCCUGGGGUCAAAGGAGAAAGGGGAGAUCCAGGUCCAGAGGGUCCUCGUGGCCUGCCUGGCGAGGUUGGAAGCAAAGGAGAAAGGGGAGACCAAGGACUGCCAGGACCACGAGGUCCUUCAGGUGCUGUGGGAGAGCCAGGCAAGAUAGGAUCGCGUGGGGACCCUGGUGACUUGGGCCCAAGAGGUGAUGCUGGACCACCAGGACCAAAGGGUGACAGAGGCAGACCUGGCUUUAGCUACCCUGGACCCAGAGGACCGCAGGGUGACAAGGGUGAGAAAGGGCACCCGGGACCCAAGGGAGGAAGAGGUGAGCUUGGACCAAAGGGAGUGCAAGGGACCAAAGGAGAGAAGGGGGAACCGGGUGAUCCUGGCCCGGGAGGUGAGCCCGGACCCCGUGGUCCAACUGGUGAAGCAGGCCCUGAGGGGACCCCUGGCCCACCAGGAGAUCCUGGCCUGACUGACUGCGACGUGAUGACCUACGUGCGAGAGACAUGCGGAUGCUGUGACUGUGAGAAGCGCUGCGGUGCCCUGGACAUCAUGUUCGUCAUAGACAGCUCGGAGAGUAUUGGCUACACCAAUUUCACCCUGGAGAAAAAUUUUGUUGUCAACGUGGUCAGCCGUCUGGGGUCUAUUGCCAAAGAUCCCAAGUCACAGACAGGUGCCCGUGUUGGGGUGGUGCAGUACAGUCAUGAGGGGACCUUCGAAGCCAUCAAGCUUGAUGAUGAGCGCAUUGAUUCACUAUCAAGCUUCAAGGAAGCAGUGAAGCGCCUGGAGUGGAUCGCUGGAGGCACCUGGACACCAUCUGCCCUUCAGUUUGCCUACAACAAGCUCAUCAAGGAAAGCAGGCGAGAGAAAGCCCAAGUGUUUGCUGUGGUGAUCACAGAUGGGCGCUACGACCCCCGGGAUGACGACAAGAACCUAGGGGCUCUUUGCGGUAGAGAUGUGGUUGUCAACACCAUUGGCAUUGGAGACAUGUUUGAUCAGCCAGAACAGAGUGAAACUCUAGUCUCCAUCGCCUGCAAUGAACCCCAGCGAGUCCAGAAGAUGAGACUCUUCUCAGACCUGGUGGCAGAGGAAUUCAUUGACAAGAUGGAGGACGUGCUCUGCCCAGAUCCACAGAUCGUCUGCCCUGAGCUGCCCUGUCAGACAGAGCUUGCAGUGGCCCAGUGCACACAGCGCCCCGUUGAUGUCGUCUUCUUGCUCGAUGGCUCUGAAAGGAUCGGAGAGCAGAAUUUCCACAGGGCCCACCACUUUGUGGAGGAGGUGGCUGGCCAGCUCACGCUGGCCAGGAGCAACAGUGACAACAUGAAUGCCCGGAUUGCACUGCUGCAGUAUGGCAGUGAGAGGGACCAGGAUGUGGUCUUCCCACUGACCUACAACCUGACGGAAAUCUCCAGCGCUUUGGCACAGAUCAAGUACCUGGACUCGUCCUCCAACAUCGGCUCAGCCAUCAUACAUGCCAUCAACAACAUCGUGCUCAGCCCAGGAGAUGGGCAGCGACUUGCCCGGCGCAAUGCUGAGCUCUCCUUUGUCUUCAUCACUGAUGGCAUCACAGGAAGCAAGAACCUUGAGGAGGCCAUCAACUCCAUGAAGAAGCAAGAUGUCAUGCCCACAGUCGUGGCUCUUGGGAGUGAUGUAGACAUGGAUGUCCUGCUGGAGCUUGGCCUUGGGGACCGGGCAGCCAUCUUCCGGGAAAAGGACUAUGACAGCCUCUCCCAGCCCAGCUUCUUUGACAGGUUCAUUAGGUGGAUAUGUUAAAUGAAGGGAGUGCACGUAUACUCCUCUGACCAAUUACACCCCCCUGAUAUUACCUGUUUCGUUUUCUUCCCUCUAUAUGGUGGCUAGCAACUUUGAGCUGACCCAAAACAGCUGCCCUCUGGGUCCUCCUUUCUAGCCAAAAUCCAGAGCUCCUUUUUGAUUUUCAUGAUGAAAAGGUGUGUGUCUAACAUUUAUGGUGCUAAUUAAAACCAAGAUCAAAGCAGGAUACAGAGCCAUACAACAUACUUCUGUAAAGCUUUACACACACUAAGCCAUGCCUUGCAUACAUACUGUAAUCCUAGGAGAGCUUGUCAAAGAAGCGAGAAACCUUUCCAGUGUAGUAGGACAAAUGAUCAUCUCUCAUUUUCAAAAACUCUCAAUAUCCCUCAGCAUCCUGUGAGGACCUUUAUGGUUGUGACAUCCCCCAUUCUUUAGCAAACUGUUUUCCAGAUUAUCUCAUUUUUUUUGUUCUCUCAGUACUUCUGCCCUGAGAGAACCAAGUGAGUUUAUGACACAUCACAUGGUGCUCGAAAUUGUCAUCAACUUACCUUCCUUUUGCGUGGCCCUUGGUGGCUUGCUCCUCUUUCUUGGGAGCAAUGGCAUGGUGAGAGGUUGUGCUGCCUUCUACAGUUGUCUUCAGAUGCUCCUUUUGGGGCUCUAUCUAUCCUAAAUUUCAUAGAUCAUCUUUAAGAUCUUAGUUUGCCUGUGAGCCAUAUCUCCCUUGCUUCCUUCUGCCAUUCUGACCUUCAUCAGAAACUGUUCAUUUAUUACUGCCCCCAAAAUCAUGGCUGAGAGGGGCAGCAUAGCUCAAAGCAUCUCACAAAAUACUGGGCAGCCGCCAGAUCUGCCUCCCUGUCAUCCCAAAUGUGCUCAAAUUAACCAUGGUGCCGUCUUCCUACCAGUAUCUGCUGAGAAAUGCCCAGAUUUGAACUUGAAUUGUGCUGUCUGCAAAAAUAAAGAAAUAAACUCUUUUCACCCU